CUUCAUGGAGGAGCACGCAGUGACCCAGACCGAACACAUGGCGACCAUAGAAGCCCAUGCAGUGGCCCAACAAGUGCAGCAGGUCCAUGUGGCCACCUACACUGAACACAGUAUGCUUAGUGCCGAUGAAGACUCGCCCUCGUCUCCUGAAGACACCUCUUACGAUGAUUCAGACAUUCUCAACUCCACGGCAGCUGAUGAGGUUACAGCCCAUCUGGCUGCUGCAGGUCCUGUGGGAAUGGCUGCUGCGGCUGCUGUGGCAACAGGAAAGAAGAGGAAAAGGCCUCAUGUGUUUGAGUCGAAUCCAUCUAUCCGGAAGAGACAGCAAACGCGCUUGCUUCGGAAACUCCGAGCCACACUGGAUGAAUAUACGACUCGAGUGGGACAGCAAGCUAUUGUCCUCUGCAUAUCCCCCUCCAAGCCGAACCCUGUCUUUAAAGUAUUUGGUGCAGCACCUUUGGAGAAUGUGGUGCGUAAGUACAAGAGCAUGAUUCUGGAAGAUCUGGAGUCGGCCCUGGCAGAACACGCCCCUGCGCCCCAGGAGGUUAACUCAGAACUGCCGCCUCUCACCAUCGACGGAAUUCCGGUCUCUGUGGACAAAAUGACCCAGGCACAGCUUCGGGCAUUUAUCCCAGAGAUGCUCAAGUACUCCACAGGUCGUGGGAAGCCAGGCUGGGGAAAAGAAAGCUGCAAGCCCAUCUGGUGGCCUGAAGAUAUCCCAUGGGCAAAUGUCCGGAGCGAUGUCCGCACAGAAGAGCAAAAACAGAGGGUUUCAUGGACCCAGGCCCUACGGACCAUAGUUAAAAACUGCUAUAAGCACCAUGGGCGGGAGGACCUUUUGUAUGCUUUUGAAGAUCAGCAAACACAGACGCAAGCCACAACCACACACAGUAUAGCCCACCUGGUUCCAUCACAGACUGUCGUGCAGACCUUUAGUAACCCCGAUGGCACUGUCUCACUCAUCCAGGUUGGUACAGGGGCAACAGUAGCCACAUUGGCUGAUGCUUCAGAAUUGCCAACUACAGUCACUGUUGCCCAGGUGAAUUACUCUGCUGUGGCCGAUGGCGAGGUGGAACAAAAUUGGGCCACGUUACAGGGAGGUGAGAUGACCAUCCAGACAACGCAAGCGUCGGAGGCCACUCAGGCGGUGGCAUCGUUAGCAGAGGCUGCGGUAGCAGCUUCCCAGGAGAUGCAGCAGGGAGCUACGGUCACCAUGGCGCUCAACAGCGAAGCCGCCGCCCAUGCUGUCGCCACCCUGGCCGAGGCCACCUUACAAGGGGGCGGUCAGAUCGUCCUGUCUGGGGAAACCGCAGCAGCCGUCGGAGCACUUACUGGCGUCCAAGAUGCUAAUGGACUGGUCCAGAUCCCCGUGAGCAUGUACCAGACCGUGGUGACCAGCCUCGCCCAGGGCAACGGGCCUGUUCAGGUGGCCAUGGCCCCUGUGACCACCAGAAUAUCGGACAGCGCAGUCACCAUGGAUGGCCAGGCUGUGGAGGUGGUGACGUUGGAACAGUGACAUGAAGCCACAUCAUGGCCUCGUUUUCUAGUCUAUGUCACAAUUUUUUACACGUUUGCAGAGGUGCAAUCAAAUGGAAUUAAGUCUCUCGACUUUGCAAGAAGAGAAGUUUUGUUAACCUUUUUUUAAAAAGGAAGAAAGCGGAUUUUGGAAUUGCAUUUUUUUUAAGCACCACUCUUAAUUUUCUCGGCUCAGUGGAGUAAGAUACUACGUUCUCAAUUUCACUGUCCCGAAAAGGCCAAAUUGUGGCAGGACUGAUUUCUGCAGAAACGUGUGUGUAUACUUGUAUGUGUGUGUGAGAGCGUGUGAAUAUAUGUAUAUGUGUACAUAUGGACUUACACAUUUACAUAUAUAUAUAUAAAGAGAUAUAUAUAUAUGAACCUCGUAUGGACUCCUCUGUAUGAGAUGGAGGGGAGCUGUGGGAAGACGUCAUCCUGCAGUUUAGUGGGUGGUGGGCACAUGGCCCCACACAGCCACCGUUCUCGUCCACACCAGGGCCAUGCAUUGAGCUACUGACACACUCAGGCGGGGGUGACCAUGCUCUUAACCAAAGCUGCCUCCCCAGGGGCCGUCCCGAACUUUCCCUGCGGGGCUCAUCUGACGACGGAGGACCCACUACUGGAUGGGGUCCGGAAGCUGCGCGGGCAGGGCCUAGAGGCCCACAGUCUGGCAGCUCAGACGCUCCUCGGGCUGGCCCAGGUGCUGAUCUUCUUCUUGAAGCUCCCAGGCAGGGACAAGAAGGUUUUCCUCAGCUUCGCAUCUCUUCCUGUUUCCAGGAAACCUUGGGCACAUGGCUAUUCAAAUGUUGCUCUGGUUUU